GGCGUCACUUCCGGUACUCCAGCCGUGUGACGUCAGUUUGGCGGGAAAAUUCUAUCUGGUCGCUGACAGGAAGCGGCUGUCACCUAGGAGGAGGACCGGGAGCGCGCAGCACCGGAGCCGGGAGACCGCCGCUGUCAGAAACAAUGACCCGGUAUUAUACGCAGAUGAAAAGACGCCGGCUGUACAGCUGGGAUGGGAGACCUGUUAUAAAGGACAGAAAAGUUUUGCAUCUUCACUACGGGGGGCUUGUAAUGAGAUGGAAUGGCGGUGAAGCGACAAUAUCUCCUGGCGACUUUGUGUUGAUUGAAAGUGAGGAUGAAGAAAGACCCUUUGUAGGAAAGCUUAAAGGACUAUAUGAUGAUGGUGCGGGAAAAGACUCCAGCAAACAUGCCAUUGUAGAGUGGUUCUUGCGCUAUGAAGAAGUUCCUUUAAGAAAGAGGAAGCUGCUUGGCAGAGAUCCACACCCGCAGGAGAUCUUCGUGUAUAAUGUCCCUACGUGUGAGAAUGACAUUGAUGCCGAGACCAUAAUUGGAACAGUUCAGAUAUCACAGCUGAAGCUGAAGGAUCGUUUCCCGGAGGUACAGAAGUCUGGGACGGUGCUGUUUGUGAAGCUGUCAUGGGAUGGAAAAUCCUUCAAGCCGUUACCGUCUAGAGGAGAGAGCCCAAUAAGCUCAGAGUCUAACAAUUCCCUGCCAAAACUCCUGUUUUGCCCCGCUGAAGAAGACCCCGAUGGGAGCAGGAAAAUGACUCGCAGUGCAACCAGAGCACAGAGACAGGACUCUGAAAUAGAAUCCCGGCAUUCGGCCUCAAAAAGCUCCCAUUCCAUAGAGAGAAGUGUGCGGAGAGCAACCAGUGGCACAGGCACCCCUGGAGCCAGGAAGAAGCUGCAGCUGAACAGUCCACCAAAGUCUCAGAAUACCUUGCAGAUUGAGGAGGACACUUGUUUGGAUGACUUUCAGACUCUAGAACCAGCACCUACAAAGAGGAAAGUCGCUUUCUCUGGACUCCUUGACUCUCCUCCCAAAAAGGCACUCAAUGAACAUGACAUGUCUCUGAAUUCUUGUUUCAUUCCUUUAAAACCCUUGCAAGACAUAGAUAGCACAAAGAUCCGUUUAAGGCUGACCCCACUAAGGCAUACACCACCCUUGGAGCAGAGGACAGAUAACUCUCGUGUGGAAGAAUACCAAAGAAAACUAUCUCACAAUGAAGAAAAAUUAACAUCUCACAAGUCAAAAACACCACAAAAACUUGACCCAACACCAAAGAAAGGCACUGACUCUUCCAGAAGGGUUACAGAAGAGGACAAUGUUGAAGACAUACAGACUCCGCGCUCCCACAGGAGGUCAGCCCGGGCCUCGGCUAGUCUGAUCCGCAGGCAGAUUAAGAUUCUCUCCGAGGAGGAUUUUGAGGACGUGGAUGAAGAUUAUGACUUUGUCCCCCCUAGAGAAUCUGCAGUGUUUAGUAGCAGUGAUGAUGUCGAUGAUGAAGAAGAAAGUGAGGAACAAGUGUCUCCGAAAAGAGUAGCAAAAAGAGGGGUAUUACCCAGGACCCCAAGGUCUUCUCGGAAAUCCCCCGCAAGGACCCCAAAUAAAACACCGCUCUUCAAAACACGUGUUGCAACGCCCAAGAUCCCAGAACGGAACCAGCCUGUCCAGAAUCCUGCCAGUGUAUUAGAGGAGGCCCGCAUUAGGCUUCAUGUCUCCGCUGUGCCCGAGUCUCUGCCCUGCCGGGAGCAGGAAUACCAAGAUGUCUACAGCUUUGUGGAGAGUAAACUGCUGGAUGGAACUGGGGGGUGUAUGUACAUAUCUGGUGUUCCGGGCACAGGGAAAACGGCCACCGUCCACGAGGCCAUGCGGAGUCUGCAGAGAGUAGCAGAGGAAGAGGAAAUGCCGUCUUUCCAGUAUAUUGAAAUCAAUGGAAUGAAGCUGACGGACCCUCAUCAGGCUUAUGUGCAGAUCCUGAAGCUCUUGACCGGCCAGAAAGCCACCGCUGACCACGCCGCUGCUCUCCUGGAGAAGAGGUUCAGCACUCCGGCCUCCAAGAGGGAGACUACAGUAUUGCUGGUGGAUGAAUUGGACCUGCUGUGGACCAGGAAGCAGAACGUUAUGUACAGUUUAUUUGACUGGCCAACACGGAAACAAGCAAAGCUUAUUGUCCUGGCCAUAGCCAACACUAUGGACCUGCCGGAGAGAAUAAUGAUGAAUCGCGUUGCCAGCAGGCUGGGUCUUACACGCAUGUCAUUUCAACCAUAUACGCACAAGCAGCUGCAACAGAUCAUCACCUCUAGACUCAAUCAUGUCAAGGCAUUUGAUGACGACGCCAUCCAGCUCGUUUCCAGAAAGGUGGCGGCUUUGUCUGGUGACGCACGUCGCUGUCUGGACAUCUGUCGCAGGGCCACGGAGAUCUGCGAGUUCUCUGGAAAGAAGAAUGAAUCGCCCAUAGUGAAAAUGCCUCAUGUCAUAGAGGCCCUGGAUGAGAUGUUCUCUUCUCCCUACGUCAUGGCCAUCAGGAGCUCCUCCGUGCUAGAACAGGCCUUCCUCAGAGCGGUUAUAGCGGAGUUCAGGAGGUCCGGACUGGAAGAGGCUACAUUCCAGCAGGUGUAUCACCAGUACAUGGCGCUGUGCAGGCUGGAGGGAGUGCAGCCCCCUAACAUGUCAGAAACCAUGGCCGUGUGUCUAAGGCUUGGAGCCUGUCGUCUCCUCUUGGUGGAGUCCAGUAGGAACGACCUGCAGUUACGAGUGAGGAUCAAUGUCAGUCAGGAUGAUAUUAUGUAUGCCCUCAAGGAGGACUGACAUUUCUUCUUUGUAAUUCAGAUUUUUGCUGAAGAUUGUGAAUGUGGAUUGAGGUUUACAGAACGUGCAGCGAGUUAUAGUGUGAAUAGGAUUUUACAUCUGUGUUUACUAUUUGUGACUCAGUUUUAUUGUAACUAAUAAAGUUUUGUAUGUUUUAAUUGGUUAUAUUAUGAAA